AUGGAAUCUCCGGUCUCCACCCCGGCCCCUCCGCCACUUCACCUCCUCGCCUCUAUGGGAAACAGUGACAUCGCCUCACCUUGUGAGCAGCUUAUGGUGCGAACACGGUCGGUGGCUGUCAACACAUCUGAUGUGGCCCUGUCCACUGAGCCAGAGUGCCUGGGACCCUGUGAGCCGGGCACCAGCGUCAACCUGGAGGGCAUUGUGUGGCAAGAAACUGAGGACGGUAUGCUGGUGGUCAAUGUUACUUGGCGGAACAAAACGUAUGUCGGAACACUUUUGGAUUGUACCCGUCAUGACUGGGCUCCUCCAAGGUUCUGCGAGUCUCCCACAAGUGACCUAGAAAUGAGAAACGGACGUGGCCGUGGUAAAAGAAUGCGACCCAAUAGCAACACCCCAGUCAACGAGAACAGCAACUCGUCUGAUAAUAAGGGCAGCAACAACAGCAAGACCAGAGCAAGUUCCAACAGCAAGGGUCGGCGCGUAAACCAAAACUCCUCUGAGCGCAGGACUCCGCCCAAUAGCAACACAGAGGACAUAAAAGCCAGUCCCUCCUCAGCCAGUAAGCGCAAGAACAAACCUGCAUCAGACAUGGAGCCCAACUCUAGCUCUGAGGAUUCUAAAGGCAACAAGCGUAUGCGCACAAAUUCAAAUGGUGGAAUGACCUCCUCUGCACUCCCAAUUCCUAUCAUCAAAACUGAGUCCCUUCCUCCUCCUUUAGACCGAACCUGUCCCUCACCUGUACUGAUUGACUGCCCGCAUCCCAAUUGCAACAAAAAGUACAAGCACAUCAAUGGCCUGAAGUACCACCAGGCUCGUGCUCAUAAUGAUGACGAUAUUAAGUUGGACAUGGACGGGGACAGCGAAUAUGGGGAAGAAUCCUCUCUCCACCCAGAGCCAGGAAGUUGCAACGGAGCUUCGAUUACACAGAAAGGCUCUCUCUCCCCAGCACGUUCUGUCACACCUAAAGGAAGAGGUUUUGAUGCUCAAAGUCCAUCUCCUUCUCCUGGGAAGUUUGGUUCCAAGUCAAAGAAAAAGAAUGGUGAUGCUGAAACAGAUGUUUGUGGCACACCUUUGGAGGGUUGUGAGGAGGGGCCUUGUGUCACUGCUGAUGAGGCUAGCAAUGACGGCAUGGAGGACAGGAAGUCCAAAAAGCCAAGCAGCAAUGUCAAGUCUGACAAGCUGUCCCAGAAAAACAUGAAGUCUUCCAGACCCAUGGCUCCAUCCCUCCCUUCUCAGCAGAUGUACUCUUUGCAGCCAACAUCAUUUAGUGGUGGAAGCCCCAACCAUCCUCCAGGGAUGGCCAACAUGUUGCAGGGCAUCCCCAAGAGCCCCCAGCUAAAAGGCAUUCAGUCAAAGUUGGGUGUAACUGGGGACUCGUCGCCAAUUAAUCCAGCUUUGAGCAGCUCCAAGGACAAAAAGAAAAAAGACAAGAAAAAGAAAGAUUUGGGCAAGGAUGCAGACAGUCCCAAGCUCCCAGGAAAGAGUGGGAAAACUGAAGAGGGGAAAAGCCCAUACUCUGAGUCCUCUGACCCAGGAAGCAGGAGUGAGGGUCAUCUCAAUGGCUCCUCAGACCCUCAUCAAAGCCGCCUUGCUAGCAUGAAGGCAGAGGCGGAUAAGAUAUACAGCUUCACGGAUAAUGCUCCCAGUCCAUCCAUCGGGGUGGCCAGUCGUGUGGAUAGCAGCGGACAGCCUCUCACUCCCCUUCACGCCGUCACCCAGAAUGGGGCAGAUAGCUCCUCGGUAAAGACAAACAGCCCGGCAUACUCUGACAUAUCUGAUGCCGGGGAGGAUGGGGAAGGCAAAAUGGAAGGGGCCAAAGGUAAAGCGGAAGAUCAGUCAGGCAGGGACAGUGCGAAGAAGGCACUAUUUCCCUCUCAGGCAUCCUCUAAGGAUUCUGCAUAUUAUGCUAGCUAUGACAACUACUACUCUCCCAGUUACACCCACUCUAGCCCCGGUGGCGCUACUGCUGGUGGGCCUCUGCCGGACGGGCAAGCUGUGAAACUGAAGAAGGAAGAUGAGCUAGAAUCGCCAGAGGAGAAGAUGAAGGUGGACGUGCAGGAUGAGCGCAAAGCUGAGAUCGCUUCAAGUCAGCCACACCAGCAGCAAGCCUCUGUCAUUCAGCAGCGCUCCAAUAUGUACAUGCAGCCACUCUACUACAACCAAUACUACGUCCCCCCAUAUGGAUACCCAGAUCAGGUUUAUCACAACCACCUCAUGAACACUAAUCCAACUUACAGGCAGCAGUAUGAGGAAAGGCAAAGACUCAUGUCUGAGCAGCAGAGGUCUGCUGAGAAAAAGCCUGAUUCAGGUGUAAAAGACAGGGAGGCCUCUCUGAAGGAGGACUGGAAACAGAAGGGCCCUGUUCCUCCCAGCCUAACAAAAGCCCCAAGCCUUUCAGACCUGGGAAAGCCACAGGCCCCUGGCAAGCAGAGAGACACUUCCUCUGAACCUGCCAAGACAGUCAUCAUCCCUAAAGGGGAGGAGGCUAAGCUGCAGCCACAGCAGGCUGAAGGGCUUAAAAUGAAGCUCAGUGAAGCUGGCCAUCAUGGAAAGGAUGACUCAAAGGCAAGUGUGGAGUCUGCCAGGCUGGAUAUGGAGCAAGCCAUGUGGUACAGACAGUACCCUGACAGUCAGAGACUGCCAGAUGAGGACCGAGACCGGGAGCGGGACAGAAAAGGCAAAGAUGAGAGGCCUAGGCCGAAAGACAGCAGCUCCAAAAAAGAUAUUAAAGAUGGAACUGAUGGUCCAUGUCCUCCCAGCGCUGAGGACCAGCGAAGUGGAGGGAAAGAUUCCCGGCCCAAUGCCCAUAUACCUUUCAGCUCCCCCUUACCACAGCACCAACCCUACCUACAUUACAUGCAUGGAUAUCCUUUUGGGCAAAGCUACGAUACCAGCCAUCCUGGAUACAGAGGCAUGUCCUCCGUCAUGAUGCAGAACUACCCAGGGUCCUAUCUGCCAGCGGGAUACCCUUUCUCCCCUUACGGCAGUAAAAUGGGCAGUGGAGAAGAGGGAGAGAAAUCUCGCUCCAGCCCCACAGUCAGCAGCAAGUCGGCUUCAGAGUCCAAAGCCUUGGACAUGCUACACCAACACGCCAACCAGUACAAGAGCAAAUCGCCCACUGUUGCCGAAAAGCCCUCCCAUGAAAGGGAGCGAGGAGGAGGCGACCGAGAACGAGAGCGGGAGAGAGAAUUAGAUCGACCGCGUUCAUCUCCUUCCCAACGCAUAAUGCCACCACACCACCACCUAGGCUAUCCCCUUGUAGCCGGGCAGUACGAUCUGUCUUAUGCCACAGGCCUUUCAUCGUCAGCGAUUGUUGCCAGUCAGCAAGCCUCAGCCCAUUCCCUGUACCCACCAGCACGGAGGUGAGAAUGGGAAACCUGAUGGUCUCGCCCUUCUUUACAAAUAAUCAUGUGACUGGAUCACAUGGGGAAGUAUAUGGAGUUCAUUUAGACAUCAGUUGAAUGGUGUUUCUAUAUUUGUCGUUUUUCUGCCGGAAUGUGUGGCAGAUUGAUGUUCUCCUAGUAUCUGUACCUCGUACCCCACUACAGACUGUGAGACCAGGUUCAAAGCCAUCCUGCCCUGCGCAAAGCCCAGCUGGCCACUGAACUGUGCCUGUGAACUGGUGAGGAAUGAUUGAAAAGCAAGGACUGUGAUUCCGCUCACCCGAUGCAGGCUGUGGCCAGACAAGAGGCAAGGGCUCGAGGGGACACAAGAACACAAAGACUGAAAAUAGUUUUAUCACACUGAGAUAACGAAAGUUGUUUCCCUUUUUUAUUUUAGUUGGCAUCGUCACUGAAAAAAAGAAAAAAAAUCAGUUUGUCCCACGGUUUUUGAAUUGUUGUUCUCUAGAUACCACCAGUGAAAGCUGCAGAUAUUAUCUAGCAACUCUGUCUUUCUGCCAGUGGUUCCUAAAUGGUUCUCAUUGCAACAUGCCUCAAGACUGCUCUGUUAUUUUCUCAUGAUUUUUGUAUAUUUUUCCAAGUCUCUCUUCUCUAUCAUCAGCAUGGUUCCAUGUACCGAGAAUGACAUCAAUGUUUUAUUUGAUCAUUAUUACUUUUUUCAAAAAAGUUCUGUUCUUAGAACCAGUAAGUUAAAACUGUACUGCGUUCCGGUAACCAUCAUGCUGUGUUUUAGCCAUAUUCAGCAGUAUCAUCCAGCUUCCCGUGGACUAACAAAUCCAGGAAACCAUUUUAAGAAGCCAUGACUGCCCUCACGCGUCUGCUUUCAGCAAGACAUUUCACUUCCAGAUUCAUUUGCGAUAUAUGUAUAAUUUCAAUGAGCACUGUUCCGUCACAAUCUUUCAUUAGAACAUCACUGGCUGAGGUCCGUUUACUCCAGGGAUUUCUCUUCGAUUCCACUUGGUUAUCCUUCAACUUGAAUCUGAAUAUCCUCGUUCCCGUCUUGGCUAUCUUACCUCAUCGCGAGCAGAAUUUCUGAUUUAUCGCUAUGGUUCUUAAAAUGAAUGUUUGUUCAUGUGACAAGGUAUAGUAAGUUCUUUUAGAGAGACGCUUACGUGGUGGCCUUUCAUCAGCGGUAUGGGGUGCCAUCAGGUGGCCUGCAGCGGUAUGGGGUGCGUGACACCAGAGGCCCAGUAGUUUUGUUCUAAUUGUUCUGAAGUUCUUGCAUGGGGCCGCUCUAUCCCUGAACACUUAUUGUGGAAGUGUUGUGAUAAAUCCAGCGUAUUUUAUGAAACCAAGUGAGCGUUUGACCCGAACAUGCUUUCAUAGACCAUCAUGCUGUGUAUUUCAUGUGUCGUCCAGCAUGGUGUAUUAUAGCACUAGAAAUGUGACUUUAAACAGUGUCUCCUCAGGCAAAGCAAACUGGUUUUGCACCAAACGCUGUCGAUAUUCUUGGUUGCACACACUAUGUGAUGUCCUGUAUAUGAUGUACAGAGGAACUGUUUUAAAUGCAUUCAAGAAACCAUCCGAUUACUGUUUUGUUUCGAAAUCUGUCGCUAGGGUGUGUUUUUCUUUUUCCUCUUCGGUGUUGUCCUCUGCUUUAUCUUCCAUAGCUUUGUAUUGGCUUGCCGUCACAAUGCUUGCUGGUUUUUUAACUUUCACUAGGUCCGUGAAACUCUUAAAUGAGUCUUUGGAGUCUCUCAAUCCAAAAUCUCAACUAGACGCUCUCGGUGGAUCUCAGGCGGUUCCCUGGUCGUUUGCUGCUGAUAUUUUGUCAUAUUUUCACACAAAGUGAUUUUAGCAGGUAGAUUUUUAACAGGCUCUGCUAGAAUGAGAGACGAAAGACAGGUGUUCGGAGGAUUACGGUAACUCUCAUGUGUAAAGUCACAAUGAAAAAAGCAACAACAGCAGUACACUGAAUACUGAGAGAAAUGGGCUUUAAGUUACACAUCCAAUAUAUUCAUCAAUAUGUCAUUUGGUAUUAGGAACAUUGGGAUGUUUGAGUCACGCACAACAACUUUCUGAAUUGUCAUGCGUUCAAACCUGAAAAAUUUGGAACAUUUUUUAAUCUCAUUUUUGUCAUUUAAGAAAGAAUCUCAGUACGGAUCAUGAAAAUUGUCACAUGCAUUUUGUGCUAGUUUCAAAUGGUGCUCAGUUGACAUGCUGUGAUUUGUUGGAAAGAGGAUGCAGUGCACUAUUGCAUGCUUUGCGUCAUUUACACGAUGGACUACCACCUUUUUCCAGUUGAGCUUCAUCCCAAGUGUUUCUCAAAAGACAAUUUGUCACAAAGUAUCAGGCCCCGGUACUUAAAGAAUGUUUACAUUUUUUUGAAUGGCUUUGUUUGGAAUUUUUUUUUUUUGCUGUAUCACCCAAUUCCACCUGUUCUUUCUUGGACUGUUUCUCUUAUGUAAAGUGUACAUUACCACGUUUCUUUUUUUAUACAAUACUGUAACU